AUGGGAGAAGAUUUGAUAACAACACCAGAAUUUUUCACCAACGAGAUGUUCAAUUCUCGGGAAGAAAUAACUGAGUUGGUGCACAAUGUGCGGCGUUCAGUUGGUUGUGUUGUUGUUACGAAAAGAUCAAAGACAAAGCCAAAUGGGAAUGUUUAUAAAGUUGUGUUUAUGUGUGAACACGGCGGAGCUUACAAAAAUAAAAUAAUUCUCAUUCGUCAUACGGRAACAAAAAAAUUUGGAUGCCCAUUUGAGUUGAUAGCGCUAUUUUCGGCUAAACAUAGUUGGUGGACGUUGACGGUGGUAUGCGAUGCACAUAAUCAUGUUCUUGCACAAUAUAUAGAGGGUCAUGCAUAUGCAAUGCGGCUAAAUGAAAUUGAAGCUCAACUAGUUGAAGAUCUAUCAGCCCAACAUGUCAAGCCACGACACAUCUUAUCCACGUUAAAGGGUAGACAUACGGGAAAUGCAUCUACGUCAAAAACAAUAUACAAUGAACAACAAAAGAUUAAGACAACAAACGAUGCARGAAGACCACAAAUGCAGGUUGUUGUUGAUUUUUUUGUUAACAAAAAUUAUGAUUUUGAGACUCGUGUUAAUGACGAAACAAACGAGUUGGAAGAUUUAUUCUUCAUUCAUCCAAGAUCAUUUGAGCUUUGGCGUGCAUUCCCACAAGUGUUAGUCAUCGAUGCCACAUAUAAAACAAAUAGGUACGACAUGCCUCUUCUUGAGAUAGUUGGUGUAACAUCGACCAACUUGACAUUUUGCAUAGCAUUUGUUUUCAUGCAUCAAGAAAAGAUAUCAAAUUAUACUUGGGCGUUAGAUUGUCUAAAGUCAAAAAUAUGCGAUAACUUUUACCCAGCUGUCAUAGUCACAGACAGAGAGUUGGCAUUGAUUAAAGCAUGUAGAGUGGUAUUUCCGGGUGCUAAACAGUUACUCUGUGUUAUGAAUUACUUGAACAAUGUAUGGUUGACACCAUAUAAAGAAAURUUUGUAUCUGCUUGGGUUGAUCAGGUUUUAAACUUUGGAAAUCACACAACAAACAGAGUUGAAAGCCAACAUUCCAAACUAAAAUUAUUUUUGGAAACUUCCCGAGCAGACUUACAAAGAAUUUUAUCUCACAUCCAUCAAGUAAUCAAGUCACAGGACACAUCGAUUAGAGCAAGUUUUGAACAAUGUAGAACGAUUAGGAAACACCGAUUUGGAAACUCACACUUUCAAAAUUUGUGGGGAUUUGUUUCAUUUCAUGCACUUGAUAUGAUUUACACUGAAAAUGAACGGUCUUUCCAAACUAGCGUAUUUUCUGAAAAGUGUGGUUGUAAAUUGCGUAGAAGUCAUGGGUUGCCUUGUGCUCAUGAACAAGCACUGUAUUCAUGUCAAGGCAUACCCAUUCCACUUGAUGCAAUCGAUAUAUUUUGGAAAAAACUUGAUUUUUCACCAUGUAUGUCCACACAAGAUGACGAGAUUGGAUGUGAUGAUGAAGUUCAAUUGUUCAAAGAAAAAUUUAAUAAGCAGUUGUAUCAUGGUCGUAAAAGCUUACUCAAAAAGUUGAAGGAUAUAAUAAUGCCAUCAAAACCGUUCGAUGAACCCUCGGUUCAUAGAACCACUCGUGGCCGUACAUCUACAAAGAGUCAAGCUUUGAAUAAAAGAAUUAUUGAAGACCGUAGACGUAGUUGUUCUAACGUGCCAUCAGUUAUUAACUCUGAAGAUUUGAGGCAUCAAGAAUCAACGAGGCAUAGUUCCUAUUUCCAACGACAACCCACCACCCGACAUCCGUAUCUUGAUCAAAUCCCGAGUUUAUUUCAUCCAUAUGUCAUACAAAUACAAGAUGUAUUAGGCGAUGGAAAUUGUGGAUUUCGAGCGAUAUCUACUUGUCUGGAUGGUCAUGAAGACAAAUGGGACAAUAUCCGCAAAGAGUUAAUGAUUGAACUAACUGAGUAUGGACAAUAUUACUCCUAUGUGAUUGGCGAUGAGUGCUUACGCAUUCACGAAGCGCUAAUUUUUUUCCAAAAGGGCGUCUUUGCACCAGUUGCACAUUGGAUUGUUAUGCCUGAAAUGGGCAUUCUAACGGCUUCCAGGUUCAAUGUCAUACUGCAUGUUCUCAAUAUGGCAGGCAGUGUGACAUACUUACCGUUUAGGACACAACCUCUGUCGUCAUCUCAACACGUUGCAAUUGCAAUAGUGCAUGUUAAUGGUAACCAUUACAUAAAGGUGGUAUUAUAUGAAGAAUAUCCAAUGCCCACAUUUACGCACCAUUGGACAUGUUAUCGUUUUGAAGAUGCAAGUACAUGGAUUGUCCCGUAUCAACAUAGAUUCAAUGCAUAUGAAGAAUAUAUAGAGCGUACUCUUACUCGUGAAUAUGUUGAUUUAACAUGA